AUGUUCGUAAGUGCAGUAGCUCCAACCGGUGAUAAGUCGAGAAAGGAUUCCGACUUUGACAUCAGAAAGACAUCCGUGGAUAUAAUGCCAGAUUCCACGUGUGGCACUCGCCAUUCGGAAUUUGUCCAGACUAUCAAGUAUCCUGUUAUCUUGAUGAACUUAGGCGGUAUCUAUGUUCCGUCAAUGUGUGUCUGCGAAAAAGACCCUUGUUUUCACAAUCGUGCCAAGUCCAACUCUAGAGACCUAAGUGACUCCGACUCUAACAACGAAAACGUGGACUCGGUCGUGUACGUUCAGUGUAUGAAGAGAAAUUGCCUAGGGGAAGACGCAUCUUUCAAAAGGUGUCCAGAUGAUGACAGUAUCUUGUGGGCAAUGAUAAAGAAAGUGGCGUCUAUUCUCAUGAUCAUUUGCCAUUUAACCAACUCUAUCAGAUAUAUUUUCGUGCUUCGAAACACCUCAGACAAUGAAGACUCAUUAGUGAUUUCUUUAACAAACUACUUUAUUUUAACUUCUUUCUUUUAUUUGCUGAUUUUGAAUAGCCACGCAUGUUUAAAACAUUUCACUUCACUCCUAUCUGCUGUGAUGAGAUACGAGAGGAAAUAUGGAUUCAAAUGUAGAUUCAAGAAGUCAUCGAAGCAUUAUUUGAUCUUGUUUUGUCUGGUCAUAGCAUUUCAGUUCGCUCAAGGAACCGCUCUGAUUUAUGGGAUUUUAUCCUUUUCUGACAGCAUGAGCCCACAGCUGUGGCCCCUGACCCACCUGGAUGGAGUUCUGAGAUUCUUUGGAGCUCUGAUUGUUGGCAUCGGUGUGUUUUUCGCAGGGUGCAAUCUGUACGGAGCUCAUUUCUUCCGCGCUAUAGUAACUGCAAUGUUGCAAGGAGAAUUUCAGCGUCUGACAACGGAUCUGUCAUCAAUAUUAUUAAAUGCGAAUGAUAAUUCUUGUCUUGAGCUUAUGUUUGAUCAGUUUAUGGAGAAGUUUAAUGCCGCCUGUGAUGUUAUGAACAAAGGAUACAACACCAUCAAACACACGGUAGCGGCGGGUUAUAUAUUUGGCAUCCCCAUCUUGUGCAUUGUUCUGUUCGCCCUGGUAAAACACUCAAUACAACUGGACCACUACCUCGUCCUGUCGGUCAACACUGUGACGGCGGUGAUCGUCAUCAUUCACACAACCUGGACGUUAGGCAGGCUCAGGUCUCAGAUCAAGUCUGUCUGCUGCACGGUCUACGUGGCCGACUGGUCAUCGUUCUCGCCGCAAGUACUUCAAAAGGUGUUGCUCUUCACAAACAUGUAUUGCACCAACCAUUUCGGCAUGACAGUGUACGGAAUAUUCGUUGUUGAUUGGUCCACAAUUCUAGCGGUAGGCGGGAUGUUGCUGGCAUACAGUGUUUUACUAAUACACCUAGAAUUAGGAUUAUCGUCGCACCUAUGCCAUAAAAACAACGCUACACUAUGA